UUUUCUAUUCAAUUCUUUGUUUUGGUCGGGAAAAAAUGCAAUUGCGCCAAAGUUAUUUGUUUUUGUACAACUUUGCUUGUGCACUUGGUUGGACCUACGUUAUUUCUCGAGUCGGAAAGCUAGCCUCUAUCGGUUAUGGCGUCGAGAAUACUUAUUCAGUGAUCAAGCAGCCUUUUAUUUUUUGGCAGUGUUUUCAGUCAUUAGAAAUCUUACAUGCAGCAUUAGGAAUAGUACGAAGUUCGGUUAUUACAACGUUCAUACAAGUUGCUUCCAGGCUUAUCAUUCUUUUGGCAAUUGUAUGUAGAGUUCCAGAAGUGCAGCUUUCGGUAUUCUUUACAACGUUGACUGUAGCAUGGUCCCUAGCAGAAAUUCCCAGGUACCUACACUAUGCACUGUCCUUAACGGGAGGCCGUACAACAGUAGCUACAUGGCUACGUUAUUCGGUGUUUCUUAUCCUUUAUCCACUGGGAGCUGGAAGUGAAAUGUUACUUUUGUAUAAAGCCAUGCCUUAUAUAAGGGAUAGAGGCAUUUGGUCUUUGAAGUUGCCAAAUAAGCUUAACUUUGCCUUUGACUUUUACAAAGUUUGUUGGGUUUUAUUGUUUCUGUAUUUACCAGGUCUACCUUUCAUGUAUGCACAUAUGUUACGCCAACGAAAAAAGUAUUUAAGCAAUCAACAUAAAAGAAGAAGUGACUGAGGAGUCAUUAAAAGUAAUAAACUAUGUGAGAAUGCA